AUGGCAUUCGAGAUCUACAUCCCCUUAUCCCUCACCUUCCAAGACUAUAUUGGAGUUUCCCAAUGCGCUCGAACGCUAGCUGAUGGCUACGAUCGAAAGGACAAAUCCCGCGUGAGAGCCUCUCUAGCUCCUACCAUAAUUGUCGAUUAUAGCAAAGUUGUUCCACAGUGGGGUCGCAAAAUCUUUGCCGCGGAUGUAUUUGUCGAGGAGUGGCUGGGACCGGCGCACCUCGGAGUUAAGGCAUUAGCAACGCAGCAUCUACUCGGAGCACCCUAUUUCAAAUCCGUCACGGCCGAGAAGAUCGUGGUCGAGUGGCAGCAACUAGCGAGCCAUGGACGCCGAAUCGAGGGAGAGGACUUUGCUCAUCCGAUGUGCAGGAUUGGGGAGAGCUCAGAUGGAAGGAGCUGGAUGCAACAGACCUUUGUGAGAGUAGAUGGGCAGUGGCGCAUUUGUGAGAUUCGACCCGAGGUUCUGUAUCAUACUGGUGAUUUCUUGAACGUCGGACGACCGGAUGGGGUGUGA